AUGAGCGAAACCACAUCUCCCUCCGCGACAGCGGCCACCGAUUUCGAGAAUGCCCAUCGCGGCUUCAUUGGAGCUUUAGAUCCAUGCAUAAUCAAAGCCAGUGACGGCCGCACAGUGUGGAAUAAUGAGGAAUACAAAUUCCUCCAAGAAGAGUGUCCGCCCACGGCCAACCGCUCGCUCUGGCGCCAAGGUCGAUUAUGUUCGAUACAAGGCCUUUUCGAGGUCACUCCGGGGAUCUACCAAGUCCGGGGGUUCGAUAUCUCUAACCUGACGAUAGUGGAGGGAAAGGACGGCAUAAUUGUCAUCGAUCCCCUCGUGUCCGUGGAAUGUGCGGCAGCUGCACUGGAUCUCUACCGAACACAUCGCGGUAACCGCAGCGUCACCGGCUUGAUCUAUUCACAUCCACAUAUGGACCACCUCGGGGGUGCAAGGGGAGUGUUACCAACGAUGCCGGAUCCGUCCAUUCCAAUCAUUGGGCCAGAGGGUUUCAUGGAGGAGCUCACGAGUGAGCACGUCUAUGCCAAUGAUGCGAUGAGACGGCGAGCAGCGUACAUGUUUGGAAGCCAUCUCCCAAAGGGCCCCGCUGGACAAAUCGGCUGCGGUCUUGGGAUGACCGUUUCAAGCGGGACGAAUUCGUUAAUUCCACCCAACUUGUUAAUUCGCAAAACUGGCGAAGAGCAUACCAUAGACGGAGUAAGAAUCAUAUUCCAAAUGGUCCCCGGAUCGGAGGCGCCAGCAGAGAUCAAUUUCUUCUUCCCAGAUCACCGAGCGCUGUGUAUCGCUGAGUGCGCCACGCACACGAUGCACAACAUCAUCACGCUUCGCGGGGCACAGGUGCGGGACGCAAGAGCGUGGUCACGGUAUCUCGAUGAAUCACUCGCCAUCUUCGGCCCAGGGUGCGAUGUGCUAUUCGCAAGUCACCACUGGCCCACCUGGGGCCAGGAGAAUAUCGCCAACGCACUGGUCGAACAGCGGGAUCUCUAUGCAUACCUCCAUGACCAGACGCUCCGCAUGGCCAAUGCUGGAAAGACGGGCAUCGAGAUCGCAGAAGAACUGGCUCUGCCUCCAACCUUGCAGGAAGCCUGGCAUGUUCGGGGAUACUACGGCUCCGUUAGCCACAACGUCAAAGGUAUUUAUCAGCGAUACAUGACCUGGUUCGAUGGAAAUCCAGCUCAUCUAUGGCAACAUCCCCCUGCCGAAGAAGGAAAACGAUAUGUUGAAUGCAUGGGUGGAACCCAGAGCGUGAUUGCAAAAGCCCAGGAAUACGCGGCAGAGGGAGACCUCCGCUUCGCUGCGACUAUCCUCGACCACGCCGUCGCCGCAGACCGUACCCAUCGAGAGGCAAAGCUGGCUCUCGCAGGUGUUUACGAAACACUCGGUUUCGGCGCGGAGAACGGCACAUGGCGUAAUUUCUACCUCACGGAGGCGCAGAACCUUCGACAGGAGGAGGGCAACAAGGCAGCUCCCAUGGCGGGAUUCGGCCUACCAGCGGCAGUAGAGGAGCUACUGGGCGUGCUGUCCAUUCGCCUUGAUGGCCUCAAGGCCGCAAACGAGCGUUUUGCGAUUGAAAUCCACAUCCCAAGGAAUAAAGAGCGCUGGCGCGUCAAUUUGAGCAAUGGAGCGUUGACAUAUCGGUGUCUUUCUGAGGAGUCGAAAUUUAAUGCUCCGUCUGGUCUGACGCUGACUCGAACGAGAGCAUGCGUAUCUUUGCCCAAGGCAAGAGAUAGCGCUCUAUGGGAGCUUCCCCUGCUGUUUUCGCCUGACAUCGUUGCUCUCUCUUGCGCAGAUUGCGCUUUCAUUCUUCCUUCACUGUCCUUCGUGCUUGAAUUUGAUGUGACUUGGAGCAAUAAGUGGAACAUGCUCGGAAGAGAAUGUCCUCAGCUUGAAGAGCGUGAAAACGCUGGUUCUGAGAAGGGGAUCUCCCAACGCCGUGCGAUAGCGGUGGCGAGCAAAGGGCUUUCUAUUCUCGUGCCGGGUGGUCCUGGGGACAUGGUUCUGGGUUUGCGGAAAUCGCGGUGUCGUUUCAUCCACGAGCCCGAGAGUGGCGCUCUUGGGCCACAUCCCCCAACGGCGUCCUUUUCCAUCUUCUGGUCCAGAUACGAAGCUGGAAAUUUCCUUGCCGCGCUUCGAUCGCUGCCAAAUGACACGGAACAAUCGAGCAGAAUACGACAGCGCUCCACCUGGGAUUGGCCAGGUCGAUGGCCUCCAUCAUGCCUAGGCGCUGCUUCAUCACCGGUCACCCCUCGUCCUGCCGUGUGUGUUCUGUUCCAGAGGACAAGAUGGCAGACAGUGUCCAACACCGGCAGGGCAGAGAGAGCCAACAGCUGCGCACCUCUCAGCCAUGGGUGUCCCAGCCCCAACCGCGCUGUGCCCUUUGAUUCCGCGUUGGCUUGCGUGAUAGUGACCGGUGGCCAAAACACGCCUCCAGGCCGUGGGCCUGAUAUCGAGCAUCUUGAGCUUUUUUGGUUGAAGAAACAGCUUUCCCAACGAGCCAAAAUGAAUCAUACUCGGCAACCUCGGAUUCAGGCAUGGGAGGGAGGAGGGUACAGCACUCCGCGCUCCGUCACCCAGCAUCUUGUGCCGCACGACCCUUCCAGGGUGAUUUUUGAUAGCGCCAAAUUCGAUGGCAGCUCGAGUCUCGACCACGAUGUCAACGACGCUGAAUCCCGCUCCACCCGUCGCCGGGGCUUCUGGGCUCGCUUGAAGCGGUCAAAGAGCGACGGCGCACGCAGGGACGAGGGCGUGUCGACUGUCCCGAACAAAGCUGCUCCUCGACCUGCAAGGACUGGCGGGACGCUCGUCUGGGACGCGGAGCAGGAAAUCUGGCUGUUUGCCCGCAACGACGGCACGCUCAGCAACUCUCCCUGGAACGAACGCCGUCUGUCGGUGCCAAUGUCCACUUCGAGCUCGGAGUCUGCCAUGACCUAUGCCGAAGAGGAUCUGCUCUUUGCACAGCUACCGGGACAUUACCCGCUCAGCAACAUCUACAACUGCAUCAACCAUGACCAGGCGCUCCCAGAAUACGACCCUAUCAGGCACGCUGACGAUGUCGGCAGAAGGACUAGUUCCGAUGGGCAGUGGAUGCUGGUCGCACGGCGAAUUGGACAAUCCACGUCGACGGACUGA